ACAUCCAUACUCGGCACAAUUUUGACCAUCAUGUGUUUGGUAGGAGUAAUUGGAAACGUUUACACCCUGAUCAUCAUGAACACCUCCGUGCGUGUAACUGGAUCGAUGUAUGUCUACAUUGUGAACUUGGCUCUGGCGGACCUGCUGUACCUCUCCACCAUCCCUUUCGUGGUUUGGACGUAUUUUGCGAAGGACUGGUACUUUGGCGACAUCGGAUGCCGCGUUCUGUUCAGCCUGGAUUUGGUCACCAUGCACGCCAGCAUCUUCAUCCUGACCAUCAUGAGCACAGAGCGCUAUCUGGCUGUGGUGAACCCGCUGGACACCUUCGGCCGGUCCCGGCGCUACAGGCGCGCGGUCACCUGCCUCGUGUGGCUCUUCUCCUUCAUACUGGCUCUACCGACCAUGAUCAUGAUUGACCUCAAGAGAGACGUGCACAAUGGAGUAGAGAAGCGCAUGUGCCACCCGACCUGGCAGAUGACCGCGUACAGAGUGUAUCUGACCAUCCUGUUCAACACCUGCAUCUUGGCUCCUGGAUUAAUCAUUGGAUAUCUCUACCUGAAAUUAGCCCGGACCUACUGGUUAUCGCAAACGUCUAUAUUCCCAUCCAGAGAAAUGAAGAAGUGUCCUAAACAAAGGGUGUUAUAUAUGAUCUUGAGUAUAGUUCUGACUUAUUGGGCGUGUUUCUUACCUUUCUGGUUGUGGCAGUUGCUCAGUAUCUAUUAUUACGCGCACGGAGGGCUCUCGAGCAGUACGGUGGUGUACAUUAACUUCGUUGUUACUUGUUUGGCGUAUAGUAACAGUUGUAUCAACCCUUUUUUGUACACUUUAUUAACGAGGAAUUAUCAGGAAUAUGUGAGGGACAGACAAAAAACCAGCACAGAUUUUAAGAAGCGGUUCAGACUGUCGUCUCAAAGGUCUGUGUCUUCUGGAAGUCAACACUUCUGUUAA